UGAUCUACUUUUUCCCAAUCGCCUGGUAUCACUCACGACAACCGUCAUCAUGCGGCCUAUUUUGAGCAUUCUGUACACCUUUCUGCUGCUGGGGACCAUCGCCGUGGCUUGGCCAUGGUCAAAUUAUGGGGAGGUAUUCGGAGGUAACAUGUUGGAUAGACGUGCAGACGAGUCCACGACAUCAUCGACAGCAUCGACUUCCGAACAAACAACCACAGUCGCUUCCCAAACCUCCACUAAGUCCUCCAGCGAGACUGACACCUCUACCAACACCAAGACCGCCAGUGAUGAAACAGCAAGUGGUUCCACCACCACCGGUACAUCUAAAAAUACCAAGACAAAAUCAUCAACCACCACAUCAUCCUCGGUUUCAAUCGACCCGGCUGCUGGCGAGGGUGGCAUCUCCAUGCUCACCCCGGACUCCACUACGACAAGCUACUACAAGAUCGGGCAGAACAUCACCUUCGUCUGGAACUACACAUCCGUCACCGUGUCUCCCACGGCUGUGGACGUUGUGGCAUCCUGCAGCUUGAACAGUGUGACCUACACCGUGACCAAGAACAUGAGCAUGGAGGCCACCGGUACCGCCAUCUGGGACACGGGUGAGUAUGAGAAGACCGCAACUAUCCCAUUGUUGACUGCAAGCUACACGCUCUAUGUCUACGAUGCGGACAAGUCUCUCAGUGACACUGCCAGCGCAGGCUACCUCGGUUCCGAUACUGGAUAUUCUUUUGGAAUGUACUUUACUCAAAAAGCCACAUCACUGAGUGGAUACUUCUGUGUCACUUGCAAUGGUGCCUUAUCUGACACGAAUCGUCAAGGACUCAAAUUCGUCGUCGGCAUGGCCAUGCUCACAGUCCUCUCCUUUACAUGGUUUGCGGGCAGCUUUGGCCUCUUCUCCCUUUAAGGCCACAUUAGGGAAGGUUAGAGCCACAUGACAUUCUUAUGGAUAUAUUUCUUGGUUUAAGGCGUUAUCCAUCUCUUGAAAGCGAAACAUCACGAUUAAUAGCAAGAAAACGGCGUUUUUUGAUUUUCGGAUAUAGGUACCUCAGGAUGCAUUCAUGUUUCUCAAGUUUUUGGGUUUUCUCUUUUUUUCACUGGAAAAAUUGGCAUCAAGUUCAUACUUUACUUAAUGGUCAUACUUUUGAAUGUAA